GCUCAGGCUCACGGGGAUGUUCCAUCUCUGCUCCUGGGAGAACCCUCGCCCUGCUUUGUGAGUGGGCCAAAGGCGAUGGGGUGCCUCUUCCCACCUUCUCCUCCCCACCGUCCCUUUUUGUGCCAUCGGCCUGCCUCGCCUGUGAUCUGGGAAAGUGGAACAUCAAGGUAACCCUCGGAGACCCACACAUGCAUCCACCUGACAUCCAUUAUCCAGACCACCAGGGCCUGACCUGACCUCCUGGUACCUGCCUUCCAGACCACCUGGCAUCUGUCAUCCUCACUGCUUGACACCUGACUGCUAACUGCUCUGGACCCAUCUUAGGGCUAAGAAUGCAGGACUGAUCAUUCUCAAAUCUCGGCAGACUCUGACCUCUCCGUUGCACAGUUCAGAGCUUGGCACUCAGCAGGCUCCUCCUCCCUCCCCACCCCUUUAAUAGGUCCUUAAGUGCGCCACUCCGCCAGGCUCACCCUGCACUUUCACCAUGGCUUACAUUGCCAAGUCGUUCUACGACCUUUCUGCUGUCAGCGUGGAUGGGGAGAAGGUAGAUUUCAACACAUUCCGAGGCAGGGCAGUGCUGAUUGAGAAUGUAGCAUCGCUCUGAGGCACAACCACUCGGGACUUCACCCAGCUCAACGAGCUGCAAUGCCGCUAUCCCAGGCGCCUGGUGGUUCUUGGCUUUCCUUGCAACCAAUUUGGACAUCAGGAGAACUGUCAGAAUGAGGAGAUCCUGAACAGUCUCAAGUAUGUCCGCCCUGGGGGUGGAUUCCAGCCCACCUUUACCCUUGUCCAGAAGUGUGAGGUGAAUGGUCAGAAUGAGCAUCCUGUCUUCGCCUACCUGAAGGACAAACUCCCCUACCCUUACGAUGACCCAUUUUCUCUCAUGAGCGACCCCAAGUACAUCAUUUGGAGCCCAGUGCGCCGCUCCGAUGUGUCCUGGAACUUUGAGAAGUUCCUUAUCGGGCCGGAGGGGGAGCCCUUCCGACGCUACAGCCGCACCUACCCCACCAUCAACAUUGAGCCCGACAUCAAGCGCCUCCUCAAAGUUGCCAUAUAGACGCGAGCUGCUUUGCACACAGGUCUCCUACUCCAUCCAGCCCCUAAGAAUCUUUCCUGAGGAUCCAGUGUGCCCUCAGGAGUCACUACUGGCCCUAAGCUUUCCCUUGAGAUCAGUCCCCUUCACUGAAGUGCCUUGCCUUUCCCGUCUGCCUGUAUCCCUUCUCUCUUUCCCAGUCUUCUGGUUGGGGAUUUCAACGUGGGCCUCCAGCGCGUGGGUGGGCUCCGGGCCUUCACAGAAUGAUGGCACCUUCCUAAACCUGUGUGGACGGUGUCUGAGACUCGUGAAGGGCCCCCAGCCAGCCUCCUAGCUGAGUCCAAUAAA